UGCAGCUCAGCAUCCCUUACCUCCAACCUUCUGUUAAGUAGUUAGCUGAGGCCUAACGCGAACUGCUUUUUUAUACGUCUUGUAUUAAUACUAGGCGAGCUAAUAUCUAUAUAGGGCCCCCUUCUCUCCGAAGCACCCUGUUAACUCACUUUAUGCGACCGGGUGCUGUGUGAAAGCAUGGAAAUGAAGAUAGAGCAAGUGGUUGUUGGAAAUGACAUGAGGUCCACCUCUGCGGAGAUCAAGCCCGAGCCACUGGUCGCCCCCUAUCACCAUGAGAGUCUGCAGUGCUUCCAGUGUUUCAUCACCUUCUGUAACUCCAAAGCCAAGGAGAGACACAUGAGGAAGAGUCAUCGGGACCAGUACAAGCAGCAGCUGCAGCAGAGUAAUACUGUCUUCACAUGCUACAAAUGUGAGAAGUUCUUCUCCUCUUCUGAGGAGCUCAGCAAGCAUCAGGCCACCCACAGCACAGAGGAGAAGGCCUUCAACUGCUCUUACUGCCAGAAAAGCUUCUUUACCUUCACAGAGCUGAACCAACACAGACGACACGAGUGCAAAGAACGACGGUGCCCCUGCAAGGACUGUGGCGCUUCGUUCCCCAGUCCGUCACGACUUCGCAGCCAUCGCAUUGCAGUGCACCCCCAGCCCCCAGAACACGCUGAUGACCUCAACACCUUCCAGUGCUGCAAAUGUAAUCAAAGUUUUCUGACGGAAGAAGCACUCCUGCAGCACCAGGAGAAAUUUGCCAACGACGUAAACUGCGACGCUAAGCCACAAGGCAAAAAACGUGGGCGUAAACCCAAGCAUGCAGCUCAAGGGGUGACGGGUGACGGUAAGAAGCUGAAACAAGAAGAGGAAGCAGAGAAUCACAAAGAAUACAAUGAGCCUCCGACAGAGGGAGGUUCCUCCACUGAGCUCCAGAUUCCCUGUCCUGAAGCAGACUGUGAUCUCAUAUUUCCUUCUGUUGCAGCCCUGCGGGCACACAAGAAGGAGAGGCACAACCCUCAUGUAUGCACGCAGUGUGAUGAGAGCUUUGCUCAACCUGAGCAGCUCCGUGCACACGUGACCAGGGCUCACAACUCUGGAUACACCUGCCUCACCUGUGGAAAGAGCUUUACAAGAGAAAGUGCCCUAAAGGCUCAUCAGGAAACCCACACUGAGGGAGAGGAGGGAGCAGAAAAUACAUAAUAUAAAGGAAAGAGACUGCACUUCGUCCCUACACGUUUAGGUUACAUGAUUGUCAAAAUGUUAGUGCCGAAAGACGACUGUACGGACCUCUAUGUACCAGAUAGUCCUGCAAGUAAAUGAUCAUGUCGUUUCUUUUUACUCACUAAUUCUGCCAGUGUAAGCGAUCCUGGAGUGACAUAAUACGGUUUGCAUUGUUAAUGAGCAGUGCAAUCUAGAUUCAGAGGCAGAGGCACACCCAACUGUCAACCAGGAGAUUUUAGUUGGAAUCCGCUUUAAAGUUUUGCUGUUUGCUUAAAUUAGAUUUAGGCACAUCUACUGCUUUAUGGCGAGGAAAACAACCCUUUUAAAAUGUUAGAGACGUGUUUGAAAUCUCAGUUUUCUGCGGGUUUCAGUGGGUUGACUUCUUCUAAAGCUGAAGGUGCCGACACCAGCACACAUGCACUUACUCACACGGCCACCAGAGGUCAGUUAUCCUAAAAUUAACUAUAUAAGUCAUAAUCCCAGCAUGGAAAAACAACCUAUUUGAUCAUUUUCUGCUGAAGGCCUGUGUCUGUUGUUUCCUGUUCUGCAGACUAUAUAUGUUUUGCUGUCCAUAUAACCUAUAUGCUACCUGAAAUGUUUUAUAUUCGCUGUAGAGUAACAAGUUAGUUCUUAUGAGUGUAUGAAUGUUUUGUAUUUUAGCUGAACUCAGAGAGUGUAAGGCCUACAAGUGAUAUACUACAGUACAGCAGUGUAUAAGAUUCUCUGCCAGUGGACAUUCAGUCUUGGGGUUUUAUUUAUCUUUUUUCAAAAGUUGUUGCAUUAAAUCAUACUUAAAUUUC